UCGCUAAAAAUUUUAGAGGUCUCCGUGGACGUCGUCCUCGUCAUCGACUGCGCUUCUGGGCUCGUUCGUCGAUGAAUUAUUCAUCGCCGUUAAUCAUCGUCGAUAUCGAUGGGGCUUGUUAAAGAGAAACGAUCGAACGUCGAAUGAAAUAAUUACCCAGUUUGUCCGGUACCAUUAUCGGAGAAUUCCUGAAACGCAAUUCCUGUUGAAUCGAUCGCCCCGACCGCGGAACGGAAACGAACGUGAAAUCGUUGUUAACGGACGAUGUGGAUCCCCUGAAAAAAUACAAAAACACCCUAAAAUUGUGAUAGUGGGGACGGAGUCUGUGCGCAGCAUCCGAACGGAUCAAUGAGUCUCCGUGUUCGGUCUCAGAUCCACCUUCGCGCUCGACGUUAACGCUGGUUCCGUUCGUUAGGGGACAACGGUUAAGGGCGUGAACAGUUCCAAAUGUAUCCGAGGACAGUAAAAUUCCUGACAAUCGCGUGAACACGACCAGCGAGUGGCCUCCAGUCGGUCGAAUCCCGCGAUGGCGAAAUACGAAGGGGUAUUAUUAUUCCUGCUCCUGAUUGUCCUAAACGACGUGGCCUACAAUGGACUCGCCGCACGCCAGGCCAACAAUCCCACCCUCUUUAAGAUCGGCGGUGUAUUGUCCAACGACGAGAGCAAAGAUCAUUUCAGGAAAACAAUCGACCAUCUGAACUUCGAUUCGAAAUACGUGAGGAAGGGAGUGACCUAUAAACACACGGUAAUUCAAAUGGACUCCAAUCCAAUUAAAAUGGCACUGAGCGUGUGCAAGUCUUUGAUCGCCGAGCAAGUCUACGCGGUGGUGGUGUCUCAUCCUCUUACGGGAGACCUGUCGCCAGCCGCUGUUUCUUACACGAGUGGAUUUUACCACAUACCCGUUAUAGGAAUAUCGUCGAGAGACUCGGCGUUCUCGGACAAAAACAUUCACGUCUCCUUCCUGCGAACUGUACCACCAUACUCGCAUCAAGCAGACGUAUGGGUGGAUUUGUUGAAAAACUUUAACUACAUGAAAGUGAUCUUCAUCCAUAGCUCCGAUACAGAUGGACGAGCGUUGCUUGGACGGUUUCAAACCACUUCUCAGAACUUGGAGGAUGACGUUGAGAUCAAAGUGCAGGUGGAAUCCGUUAUCGAGUUCGAACCCGGUCUGGAGAGCUUCAUGCAUCAGCUGAUGGAGAUGAAGAACGCUCAAGCUAGAGUCUGCCUUCUGUACGCCUCAAAGACCGACGCCAGCGUGAUCUUCCAAAACGCCGCCGCUCUGAACAUGACCGGCGCAGGAUACGUCUGGAUCGUCACGGAGCAAGCCUUAGAUGCGCCAAACGCGCCGGAAGGUCUUCUCGGCUUGAAAUUAAUUAACGCGGAGAAAGAGAAGGCUCACAUCCAGGAUAGCCUGAUGGUCCUCAUGUCCGCGUUGAAGGCGAUGAACGACUCUGAAGAGAUCACAGCGGCGCCUCAGGAUUGCGGGGACUCUGGCGCCAUUUGGGAGACCGGGAAGAAGCUAUUUCAAUACAUCCGCAAGGAAGUGUUGCCGGCCGGUGAAACCGGUAGAGUAACGUUUGACGAUAACGGGGACCGUAUAUUCGCCGAGUACGAUAUCAUCAACAUCAAGGAGUACGGCGAACGAGUCUCCGUUGGACAAUAUUUCUAUCCGACCAACGGCACCAAGAUGAAGCUGAGCGUGAACGAGUCGAAUAUAACGUGGCCUGGACGGUUGAGCACCAAGCCGGAGGGUUUCAUGAUUCCCACGCACUUAAAAGUGCUCACGAUUGAAGAGAAGCCGUUCGUCUACGUUCGUGAGAUCGCCUACGGCGAGCCCUGCCUUCCAGAAGAGAUUCUGUGCCCCCAUUUCAACGCCACCGAACACGAUACAACGAGAACGUUCUGCUGCAAAGGGUACUGCAUGGACCUGUUGAAGGAACUGUCGAGGACUAUAAAUUUCACCUACAGUUUGGCCCUUUCGCCGGAUGGGCAGUUCGGCAGCUACGUGAUAAAACACAGUUUCGCCGGAGGGAAGAAAGAGUGGACAGGAUUGAUCGGAGAGCUGGUGAACGAGAGAGCGGACAUGAUCGUUGCACCCUUGACGAUCAAUCCUGAACGCGCUGAGUUCAUCGAAUUUAGCAAACCCUUCAAGUACCAGGGCAUCACUAUUCUCGAAAAGAAGCCAUCAAGAUCGUCGACCCUGGUGUCGUUUCUGCAACCAUUCAGCAACACCCUUUGGAUACUUGUGAUGGUGUCGGUGCACGUAGUGGCUCUAGUUCUGUACCUCCUCGACCGGUUCUCGCCUUUCGGGAGGUUCAAGCUAGCAAACACUGACGGUACCGAAGAGGACGCCCUCAACUUGUCCAGCGCCGUUUGGUUCGCCUGGGGAGUCCUGCUCAACAGCGGCAUAGGAGAAGGUACUCCGCGAAGCUUCUCCGCCCGUGUGUUGGGCAUGGUUUGGGCAGGAUUCGCGAUGAUUAUUGUGGCCUCUUACACCGCAAACUUGGCUGCGUUCUUGGUGCUGGAAAGACCGAAAACGAAAUUAACUGGGAUCAACGAUGCACGACUCAGGAACACCAUGGAGAACCUCACGUGCGCCACGGUGAAGGGAUCAGCGGUGGACAUGUACUUCCGUAGGCAGGUGGAGCUGUCGAACAUGUAUCGUACCAUGGAAGCCAACAAUUACGACACCGCCGAAGAAGCCAUCAGAGAUAUUAAAAUUGGGAAACUCAUGGCCUUCAUUUGGGACAGUUCACGGCUGGAAUUCGAAGCAGCGCAGGACUGCGAAUUGGUAACAGCCGGUGAACUGUUUGGUCGGUCUGGUUAUGGCAUUGGCUUGCAGAAAGGGUCUUUGUGGGCGGACGCCGUGACCCUGGCCAUCCUAGACUUUCAUGAAAGCGGUUUCAUGGAGGAUCUCGACAAACACUGGAUCCUCCAGGGAAACAUACAGCAAUGCGAGCAAUUUGAGAAAAUGCCUAAUACCUUGGGCCUGAAGAACAUGGCCGGUGUGUUCAUAGUGGUGGGAGUCGGGAUAAUCGGCGGUAUCGGUCUCAUAAUCAUCGAGGUGGCGUACAAGAAGCACCAGAUACGUAAACAGAAGAAGAUGGAGCUGGCGAGACACGCCGCGGACAAAUGGAGAGGGGCGAUCGAGAAACGGAAGACCCUACGUGCAUCGAUAGCCGCCCAACGAAGAAUUCAAAGUAACGGCCUAAACGAUCCCACGACUGUCAGUUUAGCGGUGGACAUAGUGACUAGGUCUAACGUAGCGCCACGAAGUCCUGGCCGUGCAUGGCCAGGAGACAGCGAUAUCCGUCAACGACCAAUCCCUCGCUCCGAUGAUAUCAGAUUAUCACCUGCCGCUUACACGGCAGACGUCUCGCACCUCAUAGUGUGAGCCAAUCGGCCGUCAUCGACUGCAUGUACCUAUGUCGUAAAAAUCGAAAUGUUAUUAUUGCCGAAAUGAAC